ACAUUCUCCUUUCUGCAGUCAAUCGAGAUGGAAAAGAUUCUUAUGGUUACUUUGGCCUUGGUGGCUAUUGUUUAUGGCCAUGGAGAGAGCGAAAUAAAAGUUUCGAGGGAACAUCAAGGGGAAUAUAAAUUCGGCAUCGACCAUCAUUUCCACGGGCACUGGAAAGGUGACUCUCAUCCACACGGUUUCGCCGGUUUGGGCGACGGCCACGGAGACUACAAAGGUGCCGAUGUGAAAUUCGUUCACUUCCUUCCUCAGAGCCUCUACGGAGGACAUGGAGGAAAAGAAGGCAAAGAGGGCAAAGAAGGCGGAGAAGAAAAGGAAAAAGAAGUACAAGGAGGUAGCGGUGGCAGCGAAGGCAAAGAAGGCGGCGAAGAAAAAGACAAACACUUCGGUCAUGGCACGAGCUACAUCAACUUCAACAUGAAAUCGAUUGUUGAAAAACAUCACGGCAAAGAAGUCGAAGAAGUCAAAGAAGAAAAAGAAGAAAAGGUAAAAGAAGUACAAGGAGGUAGCGGUGGCAGUGAAGGCGGCGAAAAAAAAGAAGGCGGCGAAGAAAAAGAAGGCGGCAAACACUUUGGUCACGGUACCAGCCACAUUAACUUCAACAUGAAGUCAAUUGUUGAAGAACAUCACGGAAAAUGGUGAUUUUUUUAGAAUAUUGUAAAUAACAAUAAAUAACUUAUUUAUCUUUA